CAGCGCUGUCAGGUCAUGAGCAAUUCUGCUCCGGUGAAGCCAUUGGAAAAUAACGUAGAAAAACCACGCUCGGAUCCGGAUAGACAAGCAAAGCGACUUCCAAUUCGUGCUAUCAACAUGCUUAGUGCCCGAUCUCAACAUAUCCUCCAUACGGAGUACCUUCAACCGCUGCCAACUCCGCCAACAUAUGAUGCGAAAAAGAGUCCGCUCGCCUUGUUGGCACAGACGUGUAGCAGCAUCGGAAAACCCGAUCCCCCGGUUACUGUAUCACACAGGGAAUCCAAAUCAUCAACAACGCACAGUGAUUCACUGUCUAACAAAUCAUCAAGCAACGAAAAAUCAACAUCAACUGUUUCGAUGCAUUCCAGGUCAUCGUUCACGCCGUACAAACAAAAAGUAAAACGCGAAGGGGACGCUCUAAUCACCAAAUUCGGAUAUGGAAAAGGAACAUCUCCCGUAACUACAGUGACACCAUCGAACCGCACAGACAGUAAGCCGUCGGCUGCUGCCUCGCCAUUAAAGAGAGAGACGCCGCCGUUAAGUGUAUCUGCUAGCACGACCCCUACAUCUACACCGAGAAGCAGUCCGAACACUAAUCAUAUCAGUCAUACUGGCAUUAGUUUGAGUUGUGGAAGUAUGCAUGUUGAGGUAAAUCACCACGAGUCAACCGGCAAGCAUCUGUCAACGCCGACCUCGUCUUAUAAACCAGGAGACUCGACACCACCGGCAGCCUCUCAGGCCCCGACGUUAGUACCAGUACCGGCAGCUGGCACUGUUCCAGCACCAACAACAAGUGCAUGCGGAUGUUCACCGCAAGUUGUCGGACAUGCUAUACAAACCUCGGACGCUAACCCGACAAGCCCGACCAUGAGAGCUGUUAUGUCGGUCGCAGCAGCAGCACACUGUACGCCUAAGCACAGCCAUAACCACGGACUUGGGGGCAGUCCUCUGACAGCGUCAUCUGCCCCGUACGCCGCUACAUACGCCCGUGUUAAAACUGCGGAUGGAGGUGCCACAUUUAUGCCAAUAUGUAGCGAUCCUUACUGCAAAAACUGUCAGAGUGCGCAGUUUUCAGCGGCGACAGCCAACUGUACGCAAUGUAGACAUGACACUCCGAGCUAUUCGGGACUGAACGGAGCUAUUCCAGUCGCCUUACCCCUGGGCACAACUUUCCCAGCGUACGCCUUACAAAACGGAGUAACUACGCCAUCAUAUCUUUAUCCACAUACCAUGACAUUACCGGCAGCGGCGCCAGCCACGUCAGUUAUACCAGGGCGGGACCAUGUGUGCAACUGGGUGUCUGGAUCUACCAGCUGCGGGAAGAGAUUCUCAUCGAGUGAAGAACUUCUACAACACUUGCGUAGCCACACUAUGGUAUCUAAUGAUACCUAUCACACACAAAUGGUAGCCUCACCACUAGCGGGAACACUGAACCCUUGUCAUUUGUAUUACACACCAACUGCAGCCGGUCAUGCUGCAGCGUUUCCGAGGCCGACACUAUCAGGGGGAGCUCUGAGCCCCCUUAGUGCACUCAGAUAUCACCCAUACAAACACAUUGGGCUGAACCCUUCUGUAAGUACAGCAGGUGCCACUCUGAGCUCUAUCCCCCUUCCAGCAGCUGCCUUUUACUCCCCAUAUCCAUAUUUCGAUUUAAAACAAAGACUGCCGACAGCUGUGCCUCAUUGAAUAAAAAAACACAUUUAAAUGUUGUAAAUAUUGUUUAAGUGUUCAAAGCUUUUUAUAUAUUAUUAUUUUAUUGAGAAUGAUUCGUAGUUUGCGCCACAUUUAAUGUGCCUCUUCUACACCAGUCACGUUUUCUGUUCUAACUUUAAAAUGUGUUCAAAACAACGUGAACUGUUAUAAAAAUUGCCAAAUUUGAGUGGGGGGGGGAUACGGAUUCACAGGCGUCGUCUCGUUAGUGGCAUUUACAGGCAUUAGAUUGUCUUAUUUUUCUUUUCGUUUAAAAAUUCCCACAGGGAAUGUACGUUUUGGGUUGAUGUGUCAUUUCUAUACAGUAUAUCAGGUGUCAGAAAGUGUAGUUUUAAUAUUGGUACACGACAAAGCGAUGACCCCAUUCAGUCUAGACUCAUUUCUUGUUUCUGGAAUUAUGAGAUAUAUUCCAUUUUGUUCAACAAUAUAUUUUGGGGCAGGAUGUCUAUUAGUAUUUUUGUACUAUUCACUACACGGCGCCUGACUUUGUAUUAUCACUUUAAACUUUUCCCAGAGGGCGUUUGUAGAGUUGUUGUAACAUACAGUAUAUAAAUACAGUAUUUUGGUAUAUUAAAAUUAUUGAAUAUGUUAA